AUGCUGAAAAAAAAUCUUUUACAAUUAGUUCUAUUUUUGGCUCCAAAAUGGGCUACUUUGCCUGGACUAUACAGGGGGACUUUAAGUAUUUAUAUAGAUAUGAUAUAAUGCACUACAUGUAACUUAAACAGCUAUUUUCUUUCUAUACUGUAGUGGCUAAUUGUUUAAAUCACUCUUAGGAAUAGACACAUUUAAGGGGAAAUUCUUCCACAGCCGCACUACAAAAACCCUGAAGAUUGGCGAGGGAAGAGGGUAGUUGUGAUUGGCAUUGGGAACUCUGGAGGAGAUAUUGCUGUAGAGAUGAGCAGAAUGGCCAAACAGGUUUAUCUGAGCACCCAAAAGGGAUCUUGGAUACUAAAUCACGUUGGAGACAAUGGUGUUCCAUUAGAUAUGAUAUUUAACAGAAUACAUAGUUGGCUUAAUCAUAUAUUACCUGUUGGAUUAAUCAACAAUUUGAGAGAGAAACAACUCAAUAAAUGGUUUAACCACAAGCUCUAUGGGCUGCAGCCUGCGCACAGAGUUUUCAGCCAACAUCCCAUGGUCAACGAUGAUUUACCAAACCGGAUCCUCUCCGAUGGCACAGUUGAGGAUGACAUUGAUCUGGUGGUGUUUGCCACAGGAUACACUUUCUCAUUCCCCUUCCUGUCUUCACAUGUAAUUCCUGUCUCAAAGAACAAGGUAUCCCUGUACAAAUAUGUGUAUCCCCCAGCACUAGAGCACCCAACUUUAGCCGUGAUUGGUCUGAUCCAGCCUCUCUGAGC